GGCGUUCCCUACAGCUGAAAAUGAUUGCCUGUUGACGAUUUGUUUGGGUUAUUUGGAUGGGCCUUACAAAGUUACUAGGCGUUGAUAGAGAUGUUCUUCAGGUACAUAACUUAUUAGUCGCAACCGGUCGGGGCCAUUUUAAUAUUUUUGAAAGACUGAAACAAUUGGCCCCUUUGACAAAGUGUUAACGUCCAGGCGCAGGUGCGAACAGGCGCCGAGCCUGAAGGCUGCGCUAAGCUUAAAUCUAUGACUUCUCCAUCGGUGUUUAAGCCUCCGAUUCCACAGACAAUGGGGGCUUCGCCAAACUCGGUGCGUGGAAGCUCGAAACUGCGAGCUCGUUCUUCAUCAGCAGGACGGGGUCCUGAUAAGGGUCUUCGUGCUCGUUACUGGGCGUACUUGUUCGAGAACCUGCAGAGAGCUGUAGAUGAGAUCUACCACACAUGUGAGACAGAUGAAAGCACUUUGGAAUGCAAGGAGGCUAUAUUGAUCCUGGAGAACUAUAGGAAAGAGUUUACUGCCUUGAUUAAUUGGAUACAACUGAGUAAGCAACUUGAAAAUACACCACCCCCAGACAGACCAGCCUGUCUAGCCUGGGAAGUGCGCAAGUCCUCUCUGGGAAGAGGAGUAACUCCAAGGAGCUUUUGGGGGCUUCGUUCAGGCAACACUGGACAGCGCUCCCCAUGCUUAGUUUCUGUUGCCAUUCAGUGCGGCUCUAGUGACUCUGGCCAAGUGCAUCCAGACGCAGUGGAAAAGCACCCAGUUCCAGUCACGGAAAUGACGGCCAAGAGGGACAUUCCCAACAUAACUUGUGUUCCAGCUCCCAGGACUGCCAUGGUGCCAACAUGUGAUGUUGUGCUUGAAACAGUUGAGAGUGCUGGCCCUGAACAGAACACAUCUGAUGACUCAAGUCUUAGAUCCCAAGCCAAAGUGUCAGCAUCAUCUGAUAGUUCUAAAAGCUCCACCAAGGAGCCUUCAAGGUCUUCUUCUGGUGUGAUAGCAAACUCUGAUGUGACCAGACCUUCAAGAAUUUCACCAGCCACAACCCCAACUGGGCAUGUGCCUCCAGGUGCCAGGCUGGCAGCUGCAAGAGCAACCAAGCUGACUCGUACAACUGUGGAAAUGAAACCCAAAACUACAGCAGAGCACAAGGCCAUAUCAUACAGUUCUUCCCUGAAGAGUGGGCAGCAGUCGGCACAUUCUGCAGCGACAAAGCCUCGUCACAGCAUCGACAAAACCACAGAAGCCAGUGCGACAGCAAACAAGUCGGGUGCUGGUGUUCAUCCACAGAGGAUGAGCGUGCCAGGCCGUAGCUCGUCAUCAGUGCUCUCUGCUGCACACGCACCAACUCCAACCUCUCACAAGCCUACUUCACUUUCUACCACAAAUACACUGGUCAAGUCGGGGCAAGAUGGAAAGAGUGGAUCUACUUUGUCGCUGAGCAGUAGCUCCAGUGGGCGUAGCUGGGCAGACAAAGUGAAAGGACCAAGUGCAUCUGAAGACCGCAGCCUGACAAAGAGCAUAUCCUUGGACCCAAUUGCUGUGGAGCCUGAUGACUCUGAAGGCUGGGAGACUGUGCGCCGCAACAAGCCACGCUCACGCAAUUCUCCUCCGAAGAAAAUGCUGCCACACCAGGCACCAUCCAGCCAAGCUAUGGGAGUCAAGCGAUCUCCUUCAGCACCAGUCAUUUCAGCACCUGCUCCCUGUCGGGUUAAAACGCCUCGGCGCUCCUCUGCACCACUUUCCAGUGGACGUCCAUCAUCAAGACCAGCGAAAAAUUCAAGCAGGAGUGCCACAGGACAGCAGCUUGGCCCUAAAAGUGCUACAUCCAUGCCUUCAUUAGUACCGCAAAAGAAUCGGGGAGACACUGUCGCUGCAUGUAAAAGCACGACAGCCCCAAGCCUUGGUGCCAGGUCAAAAAGCUUUCUCUGCCCAACUCAGCAAAGUAAGCAAGUUGAGAAGGCUGUUCCUGACACAGAGAACCUUGUGAAGGAAAAUGCCACACCUGAAACUUCUCCUGUAGAGGAUGCCGCAGAUAAGACAAAACAGGUCUCGGAACCUGUUGGAGAAAACAAACCAACCCCGCAAAGAGAUGACCCAUUACAGGAAGAAGAUAUUUCACAAGAACCAAAACCCAUGUCGCCUUUUGAAGAGGAUGUUGUUGAGGUCCAAGAGCAGACACUUGAAGCUGAGGAAAUGGUUCAUGACAUGGGGCUGAGCUGGGGUGACCAAAUGGAUUGUUUGGAGGAGCUUGAACUACGUACACCAGGACGUGCACUUCAGAUGCACGAGAAGUUGUCUUGUGCAACACGAAAGAGAUCCCUGUCUGAGACCAUACAGCGUCACAAGGAAAAGCAAGCCAAGGCGCAAGAGCAGAGGGAACGCAUUCGGGAAGAGAAAGCGCAACGAUGCAGAGAUCAGUCUAAAAAGGUGGAGGAGAAGAAAGCGCAGCAGGAGGAACUCCAACUUCAAAGACGACUUGUUUUAGAGAAGCGAUUGCAACGUGCUGCCGAAAAGCGGGAGCUUCAGCUGAAAAAUAAGGUUAAGAGGGCCCACGAUGAGGAAGAGAAGGUCAAUGAAAUAGCCUUCAUUAACAGCCUGGAGGCUCAGAACAAGCGCAUUGACCUUCUGUCACGUGAAAAGGACCAUGAGGCUCGCCUGCAGGAUAUUCAGGAAGAACGGCAAAGAAAACAAGAAGAAAAAGCUGCUAAAGAAGCAGCUGCAGAGGAGCGACGCAAGGUUCUUGAGGCUGAGCGUCAGGCCAAGCUGCUGGAAAUACAAGAGAAGAGGAAGCUGAAGGAUGAAAAAGUUCAGCUGCAGCAGCUUGAGAAGGAAAAGCUUCGUCAGAGUCUUUUGAAACAGAAGGAAAGAGAGAGGGAGCAACGUCUCACUGCCGUCAAUGCAGCACAACUGGCUGCGACUGAAGAACUUCAGAAAAAGAUCCAGCUAAAGCAAGAAGAAAGUGCUCGCAGACAUGAAGAAAACAUUGAGCAGAUCAGACAGAAAGCUUUCGAGCUCAGUGUUCGCAAAUGCUCUUCGAACAAUGAUGAUGCUCCCCAUCAUCAGCCUUAUGACACAAAGAAGAUUUGUUCUCUCUGUAAUGUGCUGAUUGGAUCAGAGGUAUACCUGCUCAGCCACCUGAGGGGCAAGAAACAUCAGGAAGCAAUUCAUGAAAAGUAUCAGGAAGUGGCUCCUUCUACUGAAAAACUGGAAUCGUACAACUUGAAGCACAUUGUCGAUGCCCCAGCUGACCAACUCGAUCCCAGCAUAGCCCUGGACAGAGAACGGCAGAAAGCUCACCGGAAGCGCUGCAAGAAGCUGAGGCACAAGAUGACCAGCAGGGGGAAGCUUUAUGAGAAGGCCUUUGCAGAGAAGCCAAAGGUCAUGGAACCGAAGAGCAAAUUUAGGCUAAGCAAAGCAGUGAAGGAAGUGUCACGAUGCUUGAGCAGUCAGGGCCAGGGACCUUGGGAUGCUGCCUUGGUGUCCAGCCUGGAUCGAGCCUUGGGUGAGUUGGAGCGCACCCUGACGCUGGGAGGUGGCCCAGAGGGAGACACGUUGCGUGCUUUGGGCGGCCUUACCUGCCUCACUGAACUGCUUGGCUGCCUCUUCAAGUCUACUGUUGAAUUGCAGCCAGUUGUGCCUCCAAGGUGCCUUGUGCGGGCAUGUAAUGUGCUGAAGAUAUCAUGUGAAAAGAGCCCCACCAAUUGUGACUACUUGGUUCUGAGUAAUCGUGUUGGCUUCCUGCUUGACAUUCUUGUACACCGCCUUAAUCUCAUUGUUCCAGAUGACUGGGCUCCAAGCUCUGGCAGUUGCUUGGAACCUGGGCAGGACGCAACAGUUGCUGCUAUGCUGGGACUUAUACGGGCAGCAUUGAAAGGCGUCACUCACACAGACUCUGAGCUGAUGGCCAACGAAGACUAUGUUCACAGGUUGCUCGAUGUUGUCAGCUAUUCCGUUAGCAUCGGAACCGUGGACAAGCUUUCUCAAUGCGUGGGCAAAGUGCGUGGCUCUGAUACCCCUCAGUUGACAGAGUUUCUUGUGGAGGCAUUGGAGUUUGUUGCCUGCCUGGCCUGCAUCAUCACAAAAUGUCGGAUCAAGCAUCGCAAGGAAGAAGACUCAACUCAGCUAGCAGCAACCAUCGGAGUCACACAGCUAGCUGGUUCGGUGUCUCUGCUUUAUGGCACGCUGCUAGAGAUGGGGGUGCCAUCUGGUUGGCGUGCUGGGAACCAGACACCUGCCUUGUUGUCUCCUGGACGAUUAGCAAUCGCAAGUGCAGCAAUAGGCCUGCUUAACCAAGUUGCACGGCUUGACUUGGCUAUGUUCCAAGCGGUGCUGGGAGCAGAAGGCAUGUCUCUGCAGCUGCGCCACAUUGCCAGCUACCUCCUGUGGUACUGUUCCCACUGGGAGGAGUGGGCCCUCCUCCACCAGGUGGUGCUACUCAUUGGCCAUUUUGCUGUGCUCUCUGCAGACAACCAGGCUGUAAUACAGUCAGGCGAACAACCCACGCUUCUGCAGUUGCUGUGUACCCUGCCAUUUGAGUACUUCAGCAAUCCAGAGCUCACACAGGUGCUCUUUCCGACACUUGUCUGCUGCUGCUUUGGCAAUGAGCACAAUCGCACUGUCCUGGAGAAGGAACUCAGUCCUGUACUGCUUGCCAAUUUUGUUGAGGAAUGCCUCCUGGACCUUCACUGUGGCAAGAAGCAGAAAGACUGUGAUGAAUGGUGGUCCCUGGAGACCCGCUUCCCGAAGAACAAGUGGACGGCAGCAAAGUCGUUUUUCUCGGAACCGGACUCGUCGAAUUCUUAAUCCACGCGGGGAAUGACAAGUUCCUGUCGGCGGAUGCAAAAUUCACCUAAGCAUUAUGGCAUGCAAACUAAUGCGUCUGCGCCUUGCUCUGGCACAAAUAUAAUUGAAGACCCACUGUUUGCACUGUUAGAAGCCGGAUGGAAUGCCGACUUGUCGGCUCAGCUAAUUUACCUGUUUCUUUAGCAGUGCGUGAGUGAGGUCAGUGAGAUAAGCGUAUGCGAGAGUAGAAAGCUCGGCUACCACUGAAUAUUGAAAAUAAGUACAUUGGUAGCCCUACGCCACUCUUUGCCUCGAUGAUAAGCCCGGUAAUUGUAAUCCUCGAAUCAUUUCAUUUCUCUAGUUGUUUGUUCCGUCAGCUGCGCGUGGACACUGGUUGCCUGCUUGAAUUCCAGUUGCCACGUUUUAGUAUUUUUUCGUUACCUCAUAAAAGAGCGCCCUGUAGUCCAGUCCAGGAAUAUUGACCUUGUUCAAGCAGUUGCUCCAGCGCUACAUGCUAGCUUUAAAUUUGCUUUCCAUAGAGCGCAUCUAGACAACGAACACGCACACACACAUGGAAAAAAGAAAAGAAAGAAAGAAGAUGCAUCUGGCCCGUUCUUCAACACAUCUUAUUGCUUUACGUUAUUGUUGUCAGAAUUGCUGUUUUGCGGCUUCAAAAUUAACUUUUGUUACUUAGCUUGCAGCGUUGGGAAGGUUGUUGUUGUUGUUGUUUGAAUUAUUUAUCGGUUUACUUUCGUGUGUGUGGGAAACGUGAUCAAGGACAAUACUACCAGCACAGUCGCAUUGUUUUUGCGCAUGUAGAGAUAAUUUAUUUAUUUUGUUAUUUAUGCUUUUUGAUCUUGCGUACUCUUAAGAGAUGACCGGUGAAGAAAAAAAAAAAUACCCGUGUGAGAACAUGAACUCCGUUCAAAAGGUGCGAUGCUUCCAAAGGCGCAUGUUUUAGGAGUAAGGUUGGAAAGAUGCAAGAUAGAAGGGCAUAUUCAGGAGUUCGGAGCUUGUAGUGGGAACACUUGCGCUUGGGUGAUUUUACUGCAUACUUUCUAGAAUAACCUGCACAUGCGAACAGUUCUCUUGCUUUGAAGAUUUCACAUGGGUCUCGUAGUUUUUCAAAGGAAGUGAUAUCUAACAUCUGGUGUCUUAUUGUCUGUGCACCCUUAUGAGCAUUGUAAAAGAGGGCACCCUAAUUUCGUCCAAGAGGCCAUAGUAGCUUUGUAUUUAUGCUGAAGGUAAACCCGUGAGGAUUUAUCGUUUCACAAGACUUAAAAGCUGCUUGGUGCAUAGUAGUCCUUGUUUAAAAAUAAAUUUGGUGUUUUUUUUGACGUGGCUCGCGGUUGUGCACCACUCUGCACUUUUGUAACAGGUAAGGAUUUUUAUGUUCCGUUGUGGUUACGAGUAAAUUAGUGUGCAGUGAUGUGUUGCGCAACAGGUGACAUUGUUUUGCUUCUCGUGUUUAUAAAACAUGGAGGCACACAACGCACAAAGGGAAAUGAAUGCUGCCGUGUCAGCCGACCGAAGUGCACACUUUCUGCAUCGGCUUCCUUGCGGUAUCGGUGGCAAUGCGGAAUAGCCGAACGCCGAGUAGCAGUGCCCGCAAAAUUUGUGAAGGCAUAGUGAGACCGCAUACUAUUCGAAAGGAGUUGAUUUUUUGGCAGCUCACACGCAGCGGGUCCUCCUUUUCCUCGUCUCAUUCGCCGAUUAAUGCGCAUGCGGUUGCUAUUACUAUAAGGUAUGUGAACUUUAUUCAAUAAAAUGAAUAUUCCUCUA